AAAAUCACCAAGUACCAUGACGGAGACCUUAACAGAGGAAAAACUCAUCGACCUAGCAGAGGCUGUGGGUGACCAUAAGAACGUAUUUAAGUUCGGGUUGAAACUGGGAUUCAAGAAGUCCGAAGUCAGUACAUACAUCAGUACAAAUAGACGAAAUGACAGUUCCGAAGGAACCACCUCCAUGCUCUUCGACUGGAAAAGAAAGACACGGAGAGCAAACCAAAUACCUGAUAUCAUCAAGGCACUUGAAGACGCUGGAUUUGCGGAAUUAGUAGAUGAUUUCUUCCCAUCUGGAGAGGAUGUCUCACAAGAAACUGCAUCUUCAAGAGCAUCAACUUCAACAGGAGCAGCAGACAUGUCAGUACCACCACAUACCGUCAGUGAGGAAGAACUUUUGAUGUUGUCAAUGGAAAUUGGAUCUACUUACUACCAGAGGAUUGGCGUUAACCUGAAUAUCUCGUUUGUGACUCUUGAUAAAAUAAAGAAAGACACACAAGAUACUACUGAUGCUUUGAUGACAGUAUUCACAAGAUGGAGAGAUAAACAGCUUCCAGACACAAACAUCAGGGUUCUUCUUGCAGAGGCUUUACAAAAGAGUGGUCUGGUGUCGCUGUCUCAGAAACUGAUUACUGGAAAUCUAUUGACAGAGUCGACAGGUGCACCUGUGACAAUUCCAGUAUCAGAGACCAAACCACUUACCCCUGACCUGAUUAAGAGAUGUAAAGAUGAGCUUCAAUUCAAGUACAGGACUGAUUUCUGUAUGAUAAGAGCUGAUCCACUAGAUCCUGAUUCUAUUGUGCCAUUCCAAGAUAUGUACACAAACCUUUUCUUGGAAAAAGAAAAACGAAGGAAAAGGAGUCAACAUGGUGUUUACUGUAAAACCUUUCAAUAUAGGAGUCAACUUGAGUAUAAGGAUCUCUUUAAUCUCAAAGUCAACGGCAUCUUCCCCAAACGGAUAAUGAUCCAAGGAGAGGCAGGGGCUGGAAAGACCACAUUCUUGGCUAAGAUUGCAUGGGAUUGGAUAAACGAUAGUCCAGAUCUCUCAAAGUUUGUGUGGGUACUCAUUAUCCCUCUGCGUGAAGCCAAGCGAUACACAAUUGGUCAGAUUGUUAAGUCAUAUCUCUCAAAGGACAACCCAGCAAAAGCCUGUCAGAUCACAGAGUACAUCCGUUCAAAUCCAGAAAAGGUAUUCAUUGCCUGUGAUGGAUUAGAUGAGUUUAGUGGCAAGGUUGUACAGCAUACUGAAAGCAAGCAAGGUUCAGAAGGUGCUCAGUCAGAGUUCAAAGUUGGAUCAGAAACAAGUCCAGCAAGUGCAUCUAUGCACCAAAGAACUAACACCCAACCCAAUGUAAGUUCUUUGGAGAGAGGUGAUAUCACAGUUGAAGAUAUUCUUGGCUCAGAUGAACUUCGUACUUGCCCAGUAAUGGUGACAAGCCGUCCAUGGAAGGCCAAUGAAAUAAGAUGGAAUGAUAGUUUAAGAAGACUAUACACCUUCAUCCACGUAAAAGGCUUUAGCAGGGAGAAUGCAAUGGUUUACAUUCGCAAUUACUUCAAAGACACUGAGGCUACAGCAGAUGAAUUCAUCCAAUUGUUUGAAAACAAUGAUAUCAUAUCAGAGAAUAUGGUGCCAUAUCCUAUCUACAUAUCUAUGCUCUGUCACAUGUGGAUAAAACUUGAUGACAACAAGAAAGAAGAGUUGAAGUCUUUUCAAACAUUCUCUGAAAUAUUCAGUGAAGUGUUUGAAUUCCUAAAGGUGCGUUAUGUCCAGAAAGAGAUCCAAGAUUUAAGUAGCCCAUUAUUCAAUACCUAUCGCUCUGAAAUUGAGAAAGCCCUGGAACCAAUUGCCAAGGGUGCUUUUACUGGACUACAAUCAAACAACCUUAUUUUCAAUGAGGAAGAUCUUAAACAGUACUCAGACUCUGUGAAAACAGCAUGCAAAGUAGGGGUGUUGUCACAGGAGAAUAAGCUCUCAUCCAUUCAUGAUAAGAGCAGUCCAUACCUGCAGUCAACAUUCUUCUUUCCUCAUAAACUAUUCCAGGAGUACAUGGCUGCAGUCUAUCUUGCUUCUUUCUUUGAUACAGAUUGCACUAAAUUUAAGAGGCUGAUUGAGGAAGUAGUUAUCCCUAGGAAGGAAGAGUUUAGGUAUCUUCUGUACUUCACUGUGUCGCAGAACAAAAAUAUUGCUAAGUAUAUCACAAAAUGUCUGUUACAACAGUACACCCAAAGCAAAGACUAUGAUGCACAAAAGAAGAUGGAUUUCUUGGUUGAUGUAACCUUUGAGGGUCAAGAUGAAGAUACCAACGCCAUGCUCAGGAAUUCAGUGUCAUCUCUGUCCAUCAUUCUUACAAACACACACACUAUAGCUGGUUAUGCAUCCACUGGGAUAUAUUCAAAGGCGAUCGGAAUGCAUAUUAUUGGAGAUGUAUCUUCCUACGGACCAGGAAUAUCAAAUGAGGUUGCAGUGAUGAUAUGCUCAGCACCAUCACUAAGGGAUGUUAGACUGGGUGCAAGCUUUCACCCUUCCUUCUAUGAAACUCUUGCCAGAGAAGGAAGGAAAGCCAGAGUAAGUAGAAAUUCAUCUUAAAGAAUAAGAUGGUCAUGUUGAUGUUAGAAUUUAUUAGGAGGAAGAAGAUGAUGAGUGAUGAUAGUAAUAAUGAAAAUGAUGGUGCUAACAACAAAACAAUACUAAUAGUAAUUUAUAAUUCUGGAUUAUGUAACACUGUAAUUGUAAUCCUGAUAUAAUGCUGAUGACUUAUAUGAUUGCAAUUUUAGUUGCCUACAUUAUAAUGAUUUAUUAUGCCAGUCUUGUACAGUGACAUUCCUAGAUACAUGUAAGACAAAUUAAUGAUUAAACAACCAAUUUGGAAAAAACAAGAUAGUAAAGUAAUGAGAAGGGGGAGGAGGAGAUGCUAACAUGUGGUUUAACUAAUUUUGUUAUGAUUUUUUUUUACAUGAAUUCAUAAUUGUACUAACAUAUUGAAAUGACAAAAAUAUAUGAAUAAUGCAAAUACAAGUAUAUGAAGAAACAAGAAUGGUUAGAAUUGAGUAUUCAUAUCUUAGAGAAGAAACUUGAAGGGCAAAUGGAAGCUUGAAAAGAGAUCAAGAUGGGGAGAAUGAGGAAGCAAUGACUGAUGGGAAGAAAGGAUAUCGAACAUAGUAAGAUAGAAAAUAGGUUGAGGGGAAUUAAGAGAAAGAAGAGAGGGAGAGGGACAGAGGGAGAGAGAGGGGAGAGAGCAAAGAGAAGGGAAAAGUAAUCAGUCCUUAUGCCGUAAUAACCUUAACAGUGUAAUAAUGCCAGGAAUAUUAACAAUCUAUUAUUUCUAUAUUAGGAAGCUAAAACAAAGCAAAUGUAGCAUAUAAUCACAUUGAUGGUUUGUGAUGGAGCUUUGCUCGGACCAGACAUAUCAAAUGAGGUACAGUGUAGUAGUACUAAUGUGAUUAGCACCAAUCUGUAAAUAAUGUUUAUAAAAAAUGGGGCCAAUCUUUCAACCUACAUGUAGCUGCUUUUAUGAGGCUCUUGGUAAAAAGAGAAAGAAAGAAACGUUUAAAUAGAUUACAAUGGAUAGUUGAUGGACAAAGACAUUGUACAUGUACAUUUAAGCGCCGUAGUGUAGCUGUUCUGACCUUUGCCUUGUAAUCAGAGGGUCUUGUGUUCGAAUACCACCAUGGCCUAGCGUCCUUUGGCAAGGCGUCAAUCCACAAUUUGCCACUCUCCACCCAGGCAUUAAAUGGGUACCCGGUAGGAUGCGCAAGCCUAUAAUUAGUAUGCCUAGCAAUUGAGUCUUUAAACUCUUGUUAGAAUACUCCCCAGGGAGUGGAAAAGGUGCAUACAUUGUAUAUGGGCAUGCAAGAAUCCUAUGACCAGGGUAAUAAUAUCUCUGUAAAGCGCUUAGUCGUUCCGAUGUUUUAAGCCAUGUAUAAAUGCAGAAUAUUAUUAUUAUCAAAUAUUAUAGCAUUCCCUCUAGAUUGUUUUAAAAUAACAAACAAAAGGUUUAGUGUCCAGCUAAUUCUGUUAUGAAGUUCUGGGGUGGUAUUCUGAGAUCCAUUUUAUCUCAGAUAAAAUAAAAUAUUUUAUCUCCGUUAAAAUCAGUGGGAUAAAAUAUCCUUAAAAUCUCUCCGAAUUGGUAUUCUGAGAAAAAUUUUAUCUUCAUUUUAUCUCUGUAAGACACACCUAUUUUUUAAUCAAUAUCCAAUUAGAAACGUGCUUUUAUAGCUCUCUCAUAUCACUCAACCAAUGGAAAUCCAUUCUGCCAGGAGGUGUGUCAAAGAAGUCAGAUUGCGUCAAUUUAUUGACUAAAAAUACGCUUGCACUAUACGCUUGCGCGUCUUUCAGAGAUUUCUUUUUAACAAAAAUGACAAUACUCUUCUUUUUUUCUAAGUCUAUUUCGCAUCUUUUCAAGCAUCAUUUCAUAGACAAUAUUAGUCAAGAAAAUUAUUAUGAAAUAAUGAUCCUGAUUGUACAGGAAUAACUUUAAGGUGUUGUUCUCAAUGAAUAUAUAAUUUUUCUUCAUUUUCUUGUCAACAUUUGGAGUUCAUUCACCUAGAAAUAUUGACGAAAUCUACGUCUCGGAGAUAAAAUAGCCCCUUCCCUCUUUUAAGUUUAUUUUAUUUUUUCUUCAAAGUAAUUAGGCGCAAGCACAUCAACUGCGUUGCAAUGUCCAGAUACGCGAUGGGUGUGUCUACGCAGCCACUGUUCUGUUGCGUAUCAUCAUAAACGCAAGAUAAAAUUUAUAUGCAAGAUAAAAUUUUAUCUGAGAGAUAAAAUGUCAUCUCAGAAUACCAAUUUCAUUUUAAGAGGUAAAAUAAAAUAUUUUAAAGAUAAAAUGACCUCAGAAUACCGCCCCUGGUUAUAUCGCUACACAGGUUUACAUAAUUAGGCCUAUAUAUUAAUUAAUUGACUAAUGCCGAUUCAUGAUUCUUUUCACACAUCUUUGAUAAAUACUGAUGUACGGUAUGUACAAGGAAGAACAUAACAAAUAUGUUUAAAGGGGAAGUUCACCCCGACAAAAAGUUGAUU